AUGAAUAGCGCGGGCGGUAAAAGCAAGCGACUAAAGGCGACUAGACAGUGGAGAAGCGGGUCGUUCCGCCUGUGCAUGCCCGGUGGUUGUGGGAGACAAGUCGCUGAAUCCUUCUUUUAUCCAUGGGAGACGUUGUCACAGCAUGAGAUGAUGCGACUGAAGGAGUACAUAUUGGAUUUCGAUGUUGCCACUGGGCGAAACCACAAGCAAGCGAUCGACGGGCAGUUGCAAGUGGAGUUUUACCAUACAGUACCUGGCCGUAGGAACAGGAACGACAAUAUUCCUCCGUACGCUAAUGCCCAUCCCAAUCUUGAGGCCAUCCACCUUUUCCACAUGCCAGCCAUGAUGGCGCGGUGUACCUGGCGAUCGGGCGCUGAGCGUGCCGGGCCUCCACCGCGUGGUGGGCACCUGAAACUGCAGGCGCCCUUCCAGCUUGCACCCUUUACCAGUCCGUUACUGAUGAGCAGCAGAGACAAGAGAGAUCUGGGAUUGAUUUCGUCACCAGUGGAGGCUAUGCCCUUUUCGAAUUGCCCUGGUCUUACCAUCGGGAGAAGAAUCCAAGUUGGAGCACCACAAACUUGGUACAAAGUAGAAGAAGAGCCGGACGUCGAAAAAGGGGAGAGCUACUCAUUAAAAUCGCAAUUCCAUUGGAUCGUGCUGGAUUUUUCCUCCACUGCCACCCCUUACCAGCAGAGCCAAUCAGAAACCAAAGACUGGGUCGCCAUCGCCUUUACCAAACGAGACGACUCCACUGCCCCUAUUGAAGUGGUCCAGUUAUCGUCACUCUUAGGUUGGAACCGGGUCAGCUUAUCGUUCCAGAAAAAAGCGGGAAUGACUAGCAGCAGCAGGUACCGGCACCCGGUAGUGAUGGAGUCGGCGUAUCAGCCUGCUGCGUUCUCUUUAGUUAAUCCCCUCUUCCUCAGGCUAGUUCGUCGUAGUCUCUCUCCCUCACACUCUCACACGCUCUCUUACUCGUCUUUUUUGGCACGCUCUCGGGACUGCCUCAGGAUCUCGUCUUGGCCCCUCUUUUUCCGUUGCCCGACUCACUCACGCUGA